AUGACUACGAGAGGUGUAAACUUCUUUGAACAGCACUUCCUCCUUUCUAAUCGACUUGUUCAAUUAGUAUUAGGUUUACGUCCUUAUCAAAAUUGGAACGGCCAAUUGAUUACACUUUGUAUAAUAACUAUUUUUCUAUUUCCUGGAAUUUUCUAUCAGUUGUAUCAGCUUUUUAUAUCAAAUUUAACAUUGCAAACGAUAAAAGAGCUGCAGAAAACAAUACCGUCUAUUAUAAUGUUCAUAGCUUAUAGCAUCUCUUGCUUAAGUUUCAAAACAAUUAAGUUAAUUAUCAUUCAUUUUAAAUUGGAUUACGAGGAGUUGUUCGAUGAGGAGGAAUUAAAUAUUAUGAAAGAAUAUACGAGAGAAACAAAAUUGUAUGCGUAUAGUGUCAUAGUUUUUUUCAAUCUUUAUGGUAUAUCAAUAAUAUUUUCAUCCAUUUUAAAUGUUUUUCUCUAUCUUUUUGAUAUAUUGGAAGAUAAUCAAUUAACGUUAAUCAACCCCGUAAAUAACGUUUCAAACGCAAGUGCGCUUUUUUUUAGUUUGCUUAUUUAUCAAAUAAUAAGCAGUUUUAUCUUUUUAAUAGUAGGAAGUGUGUUUUAUUCAACAUAUUUGGUAUUUAUACAACACGCGUGCUGCCAAUUUAGCGUUAUAAUUUUGAAAAUACGGCAACCAUUUAAAAAGAAUCAAAAAUGUAUGGAAAAUACUUGGAAUGAUAAAUCAGCUCGGGAAGAAUGGGAUUGGAUAAUCGACAUUAUAAAGCGCUAUAGAAAGGUGUCGGAGUAUAUCGACUUGAUAAAUCGUGUUUCAAAGAUAAAUUAUUUAAUUGCAAUUUUCUUUGCGAUGAUCCUCAUAGCCUUUGAUUUUAUUUUUUUGUUUCAUUUAUAUAGGGAAUCACUAAAUGUAAUCGAAAUAAUGGAAAGCAGCUUUUACAUUACUGCUUCUGUAUUUACUACAUAUAUUAAUUUUUACAUUGGACAAAAGCUAUUGAAUUAUAAUGAUGCAGCUUUUGACGAAUUGUGUAAUAUUCCAUUUUAUAUGCUUUCAAUAAAUACUCAAAAAUUGCUAUUAUUUAUGAUAGUCAGAAGCGGGAAACCGUGCGUGCUUUCAAUUGGAGAUAUGUUCGUGUCGUCACAUGAAGUUUUCAUUGGGAUCGAAAGUACGGAAACCGUUUAAGAACCAUAUGAAAUAUAUGCAAAAGUCUUGCCAUAUCAAAACAUCUCAGGAGGAAUGGAAUUGGAUAGUCGAAAUUAUAAACUGCUAUAGAACAGUGACGGAGUACGUUGACACGCUUAAUUCUCUUACAAAG